CCCGGCAGGCACCGCGGCCCGCGGCCAAUAAGGGGCUGAGGAUUUGGCGGCGGCGGAGCCCGGAGAGUCGGGGUGGGGGGGCUUUGUGCGCGGCGGCGGCGGGAGCGGCGGCGGCGGCGGCGGCCAGCACGGAGGCGGAGGCCGAGGGGGCUGUGCACAGGUCGCCGCGGAGAGGCGUGCGAAUUCGGAGCCGAGAGCUGAGGACCCUGCUGCCCAGGCCGGGCCGCCAGCCUUAGGCUACUCUCUGGCGGUGUCGGCGGCGGGGCGACCUCAGUCCCUCGGCCUCCUCUUCCCUCCCCACCUUCCGAGCCUUCCUUCUCCCGCGGCACGCCCGGCCCGGCCCGGCCCGGCCGUGGCCCUCCUCGGUGCCGGCCGCCAUGGCAGAGGCGUCCGGCGCGGGGAAAAUCUAGCUCGGGGAUUUCAUGCGGCCUAGCUCGGUUCCGCCUCCUCCCCGCGCGGCCCCGGCGGCUGCCCGCACCCCAGCCCCACUCCGGGCCUCCGUGUCUCUCCUGUGAUCGCACUGACACGGCCGGGGGGUUAGAAUGGAACAAACUGAAGGCCCGAUGAGAGAAAGGGAAAGUUAAGGAUGCUGGAGCAGAACAAUGGAUUUCUCUUUCUCUUUCAUGCAAGGGAUCAUGGGAAACACAAUUCAGCAACCACCUCAACUCAUUGACUCCGCCAACAUCCGUCAGGAGGAUGCCUUUGAUAACAACAGUGACAUUGCUGAAGAUGGUGGCCAGACACCAUAUGAAGCUACCUUGCAGCAAGGCUUUCAGUACCCAGCUACAACAGAAGAUCUUCCUCCACUCACAAAUGGCUAUCCAUCAUCAAUCAGCAUGUAUGAACCUCAAACCAAAUACCAGUCGUAUAAUCAGUAUCCUAAUGGAUCAGCCAAUGGCUUUGGUGCAGUUAGAAACUUUAGCCCCACUGACUAUUACCAUUCAGAAAUUCCAAACACAAGACCACAUGAAAUUCUGGAAAAACCUUCCCCUCCACAGCCACCACCUCCUCCUUCGGUACCACAAACUGUGAUUCCAAAGAAGACUGGCUCACCUGAAAUUAAACUAAAAAUAACCAAAACUAUCCAGAAUGGCAGGGAAUUGUUUGAGUCUUCCCUUUGUGGAGACCUUUUAAAUGAAGUACAGGCAAGUGAGCACACGAAGUCAAAGCAUGAAAGCAGAAAAGAAAAGAGGAAAAAAAGCAACAAGCAUGACUCAUCUAGAUCUGAAGAGCGCAAGUCACACAAAAUCCCCAAAUUAGAACCAGAGGAACAAAAUAGACCAAAUGAGAGGGUUGACAGUGUAGCCGAAAAACCAAGGGAAGAUCCAGUACUAAAAGAGGAAGCCCCGGUUCAGCCAAUAUUAUCUUCUGUUCCAACAACAGAAGUGUCCACUGGUGUUAAGUUUCAGGUUGGUGAUCUUGUGUGGUCCAAGGUGGGAACCUAUCCUUGGUGGCCUUGUAUGGUUUCAAGUGAUCCCCAGCUUGAGGUUCAUACCAAAAUUAACACAAGAGGUGCACGAGAAUAUCAUGUCCAGUUUUUUAGCAACCAGCCAGAGAGGGCAUGGGUUCAUGAAAAACGGGUACGGGAGUAUAAAGGUCAUAAACAGUAUGAAGAAUUACUGGCUGAGGCAACCAAACAAGCCAGCAAUCACUCUGAGAAACAAAAGAUUCGGAAACCCCGACCUCAGAGAGAGCGUGCUCAGUGGGAUAUUGGCAUUGCCCAUGCAGAGAAAGCAUUGAAAAUGACUCGAGAAGAAAGAAUAGAACAGUAUACUUUUAUCUAUAUUGAUAAACAGCCUGAAGAGGCUUUAUCCCAAGCAAAAAAGAAUGUUGCCUCCAAAACUGAAGUUAAAAAAACUCGACGACCAAGAUCUGUGCUGAAUACUCAACCAGAACAGACCAAUGCAGGGGAGGUGGCCUCCUCACUCUCAAGUACUGAAAUUCGGAGACAUAGCCAGAGGCGGCACACAAGUGCGGAAGAGGAAGAGCCACCUCCUGUUAAAAUAGCCUGGAAAACUGCGGCAGCAAGGAAAUCCUUACCAGCUUCCAUUACGAUGCACAAAGGGAGCCUGGAUUUGCAGAAGUGUAACAUGUCUCCAGUUGUGAAAAUUGAACAAGUGUUUGCUCUUCAGAAUGCUACAGGGGAUGGGAAAUUUAUUGAUCAAUUUGUUUAUUCAACAAAGGGAAUUGGUAACAAAACAGAAAUAAGUGUCAGGGGGCAAGACAGGCUUAUAAUUUCUACACCAAACCAGAGAAAUGAAAAGCCAACGCAGAGUAUAUCAUCUCCUGAAGCAACAUCUGGUUCUACAGGCUCAGUAGAAAAGAAGCAGCAGAGAAGAUCAAUUAGAACUCGUUCUGAAUCAGAGAAAUCCACUGAGGUCGUGCCAAAGAAGAAGAUCAAAAAGGAGCAGGUAGAAACAGUUCCUCAGGCUACGGUGAAGACUGGAUUACAGAAAGGUGCCAGCGAGAUUUCAGAUUCCUGUAAACCUCUAAAGAAAAGGAGUCGCGCCUCAACUGACGUAGAAAUGACUAGUUCAGCAUACAGAGACACAUCUGACUCCGAUUCUAGAGGACUGAGUGACCUGCAGGUAGGCUUUGGAAAACAAGUAGAUAGCCCUUCAGCUACUGCAGAUGCAGACAUUUCUGAUGUGCAGUCCAUGGAUUCAAGUUUGUCAAGAAGAGGCACUGGAAUGAGUAAGAAGGACACUGUAUGUCAGAUUUGUGAAAGCUCUGGUGACUCUCUGAUUGCUUGUGAGGGAGAGUGUUGCAGACACUUUCACCUGGAGUGCCUGGGACUGACAUCACUCCCUGAUAGCAGGUUCAUCUGCAUGGAAUGUAAAACCGGGCAGCACCCAUGUUUUUCAUGUAAAGUGUCUGGUAAAGAUGUGAAGCGUUGUUCUGUUGGUGCUUGUGGAAAAUUUUAUCAUGAAGCCUGUGUCCGCAAAUUCCCCACUGCCAUCUUUGAAUCAAAAGGAUUCCGCUGUCCUCAGCACUGCUGCUCUGCCUGCUCUAUGGAGAAAGACAUCCACAAAGCAAGCAAAGGCCGCAUGAUGAGAUGUUUGAGAUGUCCAGUUGCCUAUCACACUGGAGAUGCUUGCAUUGCGGCUGGAAGCAUGUUAGUAUCCUCCUACAUUCUCAUCUGUAGUAAUCAUUCCAAACGGAGCAGUAAUUCUUCUUCUGCUGUAAAUGUAGGCUUUUGUUUCGUUUGUGCCAGAGGGCUGAUAGUUCAGGACCAUUCAGACCCCAUGUUCAGUUCAUAUGCCUAUAAGUCCCACUACCUACUGAAUGAAUCAAAUCGUGCUGAGUUGAUGAAAUUACCUAUGAUUCCUUCUUCGUCAGCUUCCAAAAAGAAAUGUGAGAAAGGUGGAAGAUUGCUCUGCUGUGAAUCGUGCCCAGCUUCCUUCCACCCGGAAUGUCUGAGCAUAGAAAUGCCAGAAGGCUGCUGGAAUUGUAAUGACUGUAAAGCUGGCAAGAAACUACAUUACAAGCAGAUUGUUUGGGUCAAAUUGGGAAAUUACAGAUGGUGGCCAGCAGAGAUCUGCAACCCCAGGUCUGUGCCACUGAACAUCCAGGGCCUUAAACAUGACUUGGGAGACUUCCCUGUGUUCUUCUUUGGUUCUCAUGACUACUACUGGGUACACCAGGGCAGAGUGUUCCCUUAUGUUGAAGGAGACAAAAGCUUUGCUGAGGGGCAGACUAGUAUUAACAAGACCUUCAAAAAAGCACUGGAAGAAGCUGCAAAACGUUUCCAGGAAUUGAAAGCACAAAGAGAAAGUAAAGAAGCCCUAGAGAUUGAAAAAAACUCAAGAAAACCCCCUCCCUACAAACACAUCAAAGCUAACAAAGUAAUAGGAAAGGUGCAGAUCCAGGUUGCUGACCUGUCAGAGAUUCCCCGCUGUAACUGCAAGCCAGCUGAUGAAAACCCUUGUGGCUUGGAAUCAGAGUGUCUGAACAGAAUGUUGCAGUACGAAUGCCACCCGCAGGUGUGCCCGGCUGGAGAUCGUUGUCAGAACCAGUGCUUUACAAAGAGGCUGUACCCUGAUGCAGAGAUCAUCAAAACAGAGCGGAGAGGCUGGGGCCUCAGGACCAAAAGGAGCAUUAAGAAGGGUGAAUUUGUAAAUGAAUACGUCGGUGAAUUAAUUGAUGAAGAAGAAUGCAGAUUGCGAAUCAAGCGAGCCCACGAGAACAGUGUAACUAAUUUUUAUAUGUUAACUGUUACCAAGGACCGUAUAAUUGAUGCCGGCCCAAAAGGAAAUUAUUCUCGCUUCAUGAACCACAGUUGUAAUCCUAACUGUGAAACACAAAAGUGGACAGUGAACGGAGAUGUUCGAGUUGGACUGUUUGCUCUCUGUGAUAUUCCUGCAGGGAUGGAGUUAACAUUUAAUUAUAACCUAGAUUGCCUGGGCAACGGCAGAACGGCGUGCCACUGCGGGGCAGAUAACUGCAGUGGAUUUCUAGGAGUGCGGCCAAAGUCGGCAUGUGCGUCAACAACUGAAGAGAAGGCAAAAAAUGCUAAGUUAAAGCAGAAGAGACGAAAGAUCAAAACAGAACCAAAGCAGAUGCAUGAAGAUUACUGUUUUCAAUGUGGAGAUGGUGGAGAGCUGGUCAUGUGUGACAAAAAAGACUGUCCCAAAGCAUACCACCUCCUAUGCCUUAACCUGACUCAGCCACCAUAUGGAAAAUGGGAGUGUCCGUGGCAUCAGUGCGAUGAGUGCAGCAGUGCAGCUGUUUCCUUCUGUGAGUUCUGUCCACAUUCAUUUUGUAAAGAUCAUGAAAAGGGGGCCCUGGUUCCCUCCGCACUGGAAGGCCGCCUCUGCUGCUCGGAACACGACCCCAUGUCUCCUGUGUCACCAGAAUACUGGAGCAAGAUAAAAUGCUUAGAGAAGAGCUCUAUGGAAGCAGGAAAUCUGGCCUCUUGAAAACAAUGCCUCGGUGGAUUUUACCUCUGUGGUCUUAAACGAGGUGGGCUUUGUGCUAUGGUAACUUUACGUAGAAAGGUAUACAGUGUGUUUUUUUGGAGGAAGGAAAAAGAGGAAUGUAUGUGCUCACUGAUUUUUGGAACGUUUUCCAUUGACAUGGAUGGUUUGGGUUUGGAUGAAGUGCGUUUCUGUGGAUCUGAGGCAUCGUUGGAAUGGUCAUUCUUAUUUUCCUGACACUGAUAAAGGCAGCUAAAGGGGAAUGAAGGCACAAACCAAAAGCUGGAUCGUAUAAGCACCAUUUUCUGUCCAAUUUUAAUGUAGACCCUGGUCUAAACUGGAGAGAAAUACAGGCACUUUAUUUUUUGUCUCUGUUUUCCUCUCCUAAUCAAACAUUUCUUUCGUCAGCUGACCAUUCAGUCAUGUUUCCUGGUAAAACCACACAAGUGAGUUUGAAUUGUAUUUGAAUAGAUCUUUUUGGUUGAGUUCCUAAUUUGGGGGGUGAAAGUAGUAGGGGCAUCCCCACGUUACAUAUAAAUAAUUUCUAUUAUCCAGUACUUAACAUUGCUCCCAUUGUGGGGAAGAACUUCUACUUUUACAGGAUACGUAAGAGCCACACAAACACACUUCAUCUUAGGAAGCACUUGGAGAAAAUGCCCAAGAAAGUCAGUGUUAGCAAAAAUGGUUGACGGUGAUGCUUGACUCUUAAAGACGCAAGUAUACCAAGAUGUCUGCUCACGAAACUCACUUGGUUUUAAUGCUUAGGAAUAUAUAUAUUCCAGUAUUCCUUGUAUGAAAUAAUUAGUAAUGUCAGACAUUGUUGUAACACUGUACUAAGUAGAAGUCUAGGGUUAGCUUGAAUGAACGUUAACUUUCUCUGUGAAUUUUGACUGCUUACAAUUGCUGGUACCUGGUAGCAUUUAUUUUCCCUUAAGUACCUAGUAACCUUAUGAAGGUAGGGAGGGUAGGUGCUCUACCACAUUCCUUCAGCUGUACUGAGUAUUCUGUUUGCUUAUCAACUUAGAGCUCUUCUAUGGAAAGAGGGAAAAAAGCUGUUUUGUGCCUCUUUUUUUGUAUGUAAAUGUGCAAUUAUACUGGAUUUUCUCUUGUAAAAAAUAACACUACAUUCUUUUACUGAAGCUCCUAAACUGCCAUUUGCCUAACUCCAGCAAUUAAUUCUGCGGUGACUCACUGGGCUUCCAAGUACUUCUGUUGAUUAGAUAUGGUCCCAAAAGAAAGAGCAAAAUGGAAAAUGCAAUCCAUGUCACCAAAUAUAAUUGCUACAAGUAACAUGAAAUACAGCUCACCAAAACACUAAACGUUGCUCUUGAGCAAUUAUAUAGUUUGAUGUCCUUUUAAAAAAUAAUUUAAGAAAAGCUAGGUUUUAUCAUACUAAAAUUUUAUUUUGUAUAUGAUGUUUGGUUUUUUAAACUUACUAACAACAUAAGGAUUUCCUUUAAUAUUCCAAAUACAGUUCUUGUUGAAACAGUAUCCAACAUGAAAUCUUAUCUCCUUGCUUUUAGACUUAAUGCUAUUUACUAUCUAAUAACUUUUAUAUGGUAAGCCAGGGUACAUCUUAUAUACUACAGAUACCUUAGGUUUCAGUAUUUUUAUGCAGCUUCUUCAUUGUGUCACGUUUUAUUUUCAUAUCUGUAACACAGCUCUGCUGAAAUUUUUUAAAUAUUUUUUUUAUGAUUAAUAGGAUUGUUUCACCAUUUCAGAAAUCAGAGUAGAAAACAAAAUAGCUGUCGGGCAUGAUGGCUCGCGCCUGUAAUCCCAGCACUUUUGGGAGGCCGAGGUGGGCAGAUCACAGGGGCAGGAGUUUGAGACCAGCCUGGACAAUAUGGUGAAACCCCGUCUCUACUAAAAAUACAAAAAGUAGCCGGGCACGGUGGCACAAGCCUGUAAUCCCAGCUACUCG